AUGUCUCUCACGGUGACGCAACAACUACCGCAAAGGGAGCUUGACGCACCAAAACUUGAUACUUCUCUCGCUCAGCGACAAUCACAGUCUCGACCUCAAAUAGAUUCAUUAUCCGUCGAGCCUCCUAUCUAUUCUCCCUCUGCCGAUGCCGACGAAUCUUCUCGCGAAAACACUCCCACAACCAUGAUGCCUACACAGCGACAACUCGCCUCUGCUCCUGCUCUUCCCGCCAAGAGCUCCCUCCGAGCUUCAAGAUGCUUGGACGGUCUCCUCACUCACAAGCUGACCCCCGAAGGUCAAGCUCCUUUCUCUACUCCUCAUGAUGUUUACCUUUCUUCCGAGGAAGAUGCUUCUUCUUCCGCCGAUGACUUUUCCGACUUCGAGACCGACUCUGGCAGCGAUGAGUCCCUGGCUUCAGACCGAAGAGGCAGCCGCGAGGACACUGCCAAGGUGGUCUCGGUCGUCUACGCCGGAAAGCCUUCAGUGAUCGAUCUUCCCCGUCGAUCAGUCUCCCCCAGCCUCAUCAGCGAAGCUUCUUCUCGACCUUCAUCAAGAAUGUCUGUCUCAUCCCGACCUCCCAGUUGUCUACGCAGAACGGCAACUCUCCCAGUUACACUCCCCGUUCUCGACCGCCGCAUGUCUUUCUGCACUACCUCUUCUGGAUCUGUUCUUCACCCUCCACGAACUAGCAGCAUGGGCACUGGCCGCCUCGAGAAGCAAAGACCAGACUUUCUCAGCAUUGACCCCUUCGCGACUAAGCCUGAGCCUGAAACCAAGGAAGAGUCCACUGAGAGACCAAAGACACCAAAGUCACCUGGUGUCUUCAAGCGCACACUGAGCUUGGUUAAGAAGCGAAGCCGACCUUCGCUCAACACACAUUUCGCCAGUCAAUCCAAGGACAACCUUUCUCUCUUCACACCUACCCUGCCAAUGGAGCAGGUUCAAGAAGAGUCAGGUACCGAUGCGGAUGACAAGGCCCCCAAGCCUAUCCUCCAAAAGGCACCUACAUACCACGAGUUCGCCCAAAGGAGAAUGUCCUCAGCCCCAAUGUCGCCCAUGUCACCUAUGUCUACGGAACCCCAAUCGCCAAUGACGCCCAACAGCACUCGCAGCCGUUUGAGGCAGGGAUUGGCGGCAGCCGCACGACGACGAAGCGUCAAGGUUUAA